AUGGACUCAAAUGCCAUAAACCCCUCAUGCCUCCUCUACGGCCCCCUCGAUGCCCGCUUCGAAGACCGGCCGAUCCCCGCACUUACCGACCCCCACGAUGUUAUUGUUCGCAUAGCCUACACUGGGGUUUGCGGGAGCGAUGUCCAUUUCUGGCUCCACGGAGGCAUCCGCACCUACGUCUCCCAGACUCAGCCCCUUACCAUGGGCCAUGAAGCCUCUGGGACGAUCCACGCCGUCGGGUCUGCAGUCACGUCUCUGGUUCCCGGCGACAGAUGCAAAGCCGGUCGCUAUAAUCUCUGUCCCGCGAUGAAGUUUGCUGCCGACCCCCCGGUGGUUCAUGGGACCCUGACCAAGUAUUUUAUGUUGCCUGCGGAUUUCUGUUACAAAAUAUCAGAGAAUAUCGGAUUGGAUGAAGCGGUCUUGCUGGUGCCGUUGGCUGUGGGUAUUCAUGCUGUGAGGUUGGCUGAUGUUAAGCCCGGACAGAGUGUCGUGGUGUUUGGUGCCGGUACUGUGGGGUUAUUCUGUGCGGCUGUGGCGAGGGAGUUUGGGGCAAGUAUUGUCGUGUCGGUGGAUAUUCUGGAGAGUAAGUUGAAGUUCGCGAAGGAGUUUGUGGGGAGGGAGGCUGGGAGGACGGCCAUGCCGGAUGUGUCGUUGACGGUAGAGGAGAAUGCUGCGCGGCUGGCACGCGAUCAUGCCCUUGGAGAAGGCGCAGAUGUUGUGAUUGAUGCAUCAGGGGCUGAGAUGUCGGUUCAGACAGCCAUUUUUGCAUUGAGGAAGGGAGGAACGUAUGUCCAGGCUGGUAUGGGGAAGCGCAAGAUUGAGUUCCCCAUCUCGGAGAUGUGUGAGAAGGAGAUUGCCGCUAAGGGGUGCUAUCGAUAUGGCCCGGGGGACUUUGAUUUGGGGAUUUCGCUGGUGGGCCGGGGGAGGUUGGAUUUGUCGGGAUUGAUCUCGAAUAUCUUUCCCUUUGAGAGGGCGACGGAGGCGUGGGAAGCAGCUAGAAGAGGAGAGGGGAUCAAGACGUUGAUUGAGGGACCCAAGGAUUGA